GUGUCGGACUUCACAAGUGGGGAUGAUUUGACAAUGCAAAUUGCGUCUAUACACUUGGUCGUUAGCUAUCACCUUCGUCGGCGCUGAUGCUGCAGGAAGGGCUUGAUGGCUUUGGUUUAGUGCGUGGUUACGGUUAUAACAUUACGGAGAUAUCCGAUUGUGACAAGGUUGGAAAGGUGAUCCUGCCAGCAUCACGCCAGUAAACCAUGGCUGAACCUGAACUUCUUUUGGACUCCAAUAUUCGCCUCUGGGUUGUGUUACCCAUUGUGUUCAUCACUUUUCUCGUUGGAGUCAUUCGACAUUACGUCUCGAUUUUGUUACAAAGUGACAAGAAACUCACUCUAGAGCAGGUUUCAGACAGCCAAGUACUCAUCAGGAGCAGAAUAUUAAGAGAAAAUGGAAAAUACAUCCCCAAACAGUCUUUCUUGAUGAGGAAAUUUUACUUCAACAAUCAAGAUGAUGGAUUCUUUAAAAAGACAAAAAGAAAGGUGGUGCCUCCUUCUCCAAUGACUGAUCCCAGCAUGUUAACAGAUAUGAUGAAAGGCAAUGUGACAAAUGUCCUUCCCAUGAUCCUUAUUGGUGGCUGGAUCAACUGGACCUUUUCUGGAUUUGUCACAACCAAGGUACCAUUUCCUCUCACACUUCGUUUCAAACCAAUGUUGCAGCAGGGCAUCGAGUUGCUCUCACUUGAUGCAUCCUGGGUAAGCUCAGCAUCUUGGUAUUUCCUGAAUGUCUUUGGAUUGAGAAGCAUGUAUUCAUUGAUUCUUGGACAAGACAAUGGUGCAGAUCAGUCUCGCAUCAUGCAGGACCAAAUGAGUGGUGCCGCCAUGGCAAUGCCUGCAGACACAAACAAAGCAUUCAAGGCUGAGUGGGAGGCACUAGAGUUGACUGACCAUCAGUGGGCGCUAGAGAACGUGGAGGAGGACCUAAUGAGCAAGGACUUGGAUCUGUCUGGCAUGUUCAGCAAAGAUUUGCCAUCAGGCAUUUUUUAAGUGUCUGCUACACUAGAGAAAGGCAUUAAAGGGCAUGACCUAAAAAAAUAACUCCAGUUCUUAUACAGUUUCAGGUUUUCUUUGCCCAACACAAAGGAUUGAUCCAACUCAUGAAGGGCUUCAUAAUUAGCCAAUAAACUGGAUUAAGUGUGUUGGGUGUAUAGGAAAUUUGAAAAUGUGCAGGGCAGUAGGUGCCCAGGACAGGAGCAAAAAUCGCCUAACCUACAAUCUAAUUAUGAUUAAACUGAAUGGACUGGUUUUGGAACUGAUAAAACACAUUCUGGUAUUUGUAGUUGAACUGCAUAAACCUAACUGUUGACACAUCUCCCUGUUAUGUAUGCGUACACUGUUCUGUCUUUAUCCCACUACCUUUAUAUUUUUGCAUUAUGGAAGUAGUUGAAUGAAAUCAUGCUUAACUUAAUAAACCACUUUCUAUAAUAGCUACUUGUAAUACAGUGGUGCAAAUGAUGGGUAGCUUGUGGCCUGGGGUACAUAUACUGUGAAGCUAAACUCAUUAGUUAGUAAUCUGGGUUGUUUGGUUGGGAGAAAAUAUACAUUUAAUUGACCCAAUUAGAUUGGUAACUAAAAAAACCUCGUCUUAUUAUUACCAGGUUUUUGACAGCAACAUUCCCUUUUAAUAUUCAUAAGAUUAUUAAAAAGUGGACCAAUCCCAAAAAAGUGUAGUUACAGGGAUUAUUGUAGAACUUCCUUCUACUAAUAGUGGCUUAGUGUGGCCCACCUUUCAUUAUCCCUAACAUCAGGGAUGUGGAGCCUGUCCUGACAGUGGCUGCAGGAUUGCAUUCUAACUAAGCAGAAGCUAGUGAAGAGUGCAUGUGUGUUCCUGUUUGGUUGGAAUAAAAACCUGCAGCCACUCCUGCCCUUUGUGAAACAUGUUCUCCACCCCAUCUUAUGUGUUGCCCUUAAGAAACUGGUAGUCGUCUUUUUUUUUCUUUUUUUUUUAGCAAUUCUUCAUUCUUGUGCUUAGUUUUGUAUCAUUUGUUUUGAAACAUUUGUAAGGUGAAUUGACACCAUGAUGCAAUUGCAGGAAGUGUUUAUCCAUAAUAGAACUUGUUUUGUCCAAA